AUGAGGAUUCAAGCAGCAUCUCUUUGUUUUUUGCUGGCAGGUGUGGGUACCACAGCUUUUCAGACGACAGGCCCAACCACACCAAGGUUCGGCACCAGAAUCAAUGCUGUCGACGAUCCGAAUCAAGUCGAAGAUGACACGUCCAACACUAGGCGAAAAUUGUUCCUCGCCGGCGGAUCGUUCGCCUCCCAAAUGGCUCUCCUCCCCGUCUUUACGGCCUUGGCGGAUGAAGGUGAGGGAGACAUGACUACCCAAUUGUUCAACCCAGAUGGAUCCUUAAAGGGGGAAGUGGAAGAAGCCAAAUUCAGAUCCGUCAGCAUUGCCUGGGACGGCCCCUCUGAAAAAUACUUUGUCAAUGUUGACGGUGCUAACAGCGCAGGGACCAAUAGCGGAUCAGAAGUUCGUCUGUCUUACAAAGUCCCAGAGAAGUGGCAACAAAAGGACGAUGGAUAUUUCGACAAAUCUACCACGAACCUUGCCAAGGCCUGUCAAAGAAUAUUUGUAUAUAGGGCCCCGGGAAAAGUCACUCCUGACAGACUAGCCAAAGCAGCCACCAUUGGAAUUGCGGAUGCCUUGUACGUUACAGACGACUUGAAGGAAUUGAAGGGCGCAGAUCUUCUCUCCGGAAGAUCUAGGAAACAGGGAGACAUCAAGUUUUACGAUUUUGACAUGGCCCUCGCUCCCAAAACGUGUGGGGACUCAAAGGAGAAUCUCGGCCUUGGUUUCUGCCCGUUCGAAUCCAUCUAUCUGCUGUCGGCUGCUGUUCUGGAUGACGCCUUGUACGUCCUGGCUUUGGAAUGCGACAAGUCUGAAUGGAAGGUUGCAAAUAGCGACUUGAAGAGGGUACGGUCAAGUUUUGCCUUUGACGUGUAA